ACACGGAGUUCAAAGGUUAUAGAAGUUAGCUACAUCUUAAGCUAGCACUUGAAAAGCGAUCUUUAAAUAUUAGAGAAAUGUCAUCGGCAGAAGAAAACACUGAGAUGAUUCUGCCAUGUGUGCUUGUCACUAGCACUGACAGUGAAUUUAAAGAAGAAGAGCUGAUAAAACAAAUACUCAAUUCAAAGACUUUGCCUCAGCCAACUAAGCGAGAGGAAACUGUUGUUUGGUAUCCUUGGACUAUCAAUAACAAAUAUUAUAUGGCUGAUGUGCAGUUGUGUGUUGUACAAAGCACGUAUAAAAUGUCUGCAGAGAUUGCCCAGUCCAUGCAGGCUUUCAUUGCUUACUUUGACAGCAAAGUGAAGGAUGGGCUGGAAAAGCUAAAUCCCUGGAUUCCAGUGGUGGAAGAUCUCAGCCCAGAGGUGCUUAUUCUUGUGUGCGACAGAGUCUGUGAAAACGGUGUCACUAGGCAUGAAGCACAACAGUGGUGUUUGUCCCAUGCAUUUGAGCUUGUGGAGCUCAAUCCACAGGAGCUACCAGAUGAGGAUGAUGACUUUCCAGAGUCCACAGGAGUAAAGAGAAUUAUUCAGGCACUUAAUGCUAAUGUGUGGUCCAGUGUGGAGAUGAAGGAUGGGCACAAUCAGGGUUUUGGCCUAAUGAGUAGUUUGGUUGCUUCCAGGCAUAACAACCCACGCCACAGCCAAGAUCCACCGUCCUCCAGCUUGCCAGCAGAGGGCACACACACCAAUGAGGAGGCCAACCACACAGACAACAGUGUAAACUCAGAUACACAAGAGGGAUCAGUUGUAGAUGCAAUGACUGAUUUAGACAUACAGGAACUCGCCAAUCUUACUGCUGGGGAUGCAGAUGCAGACAAUUUUGAACGGCUCUUUACUAAAUUAAAAGAGAUGAAAGAUAAAGCUUCAUCAUUACCACAUGAGCAAAGAAAAGUUCAUGCUGAAAAGGUGGCAAAAGCCUUUUGGAUGGCCAUUGGUGGGGAAGAAGAUGAAAUAGAUGGAUUAUCUUCAGGUGAAGACAGCUAGAAUCAGAUAUCAGUGACUCUGUCUUCGUUCCUCUGAUCGCACCAUUUCUCCUGGAACCCAUAUGGGAGUCGAUGUGGAUGUCCUGGUCACACUUGGAAGAUGGAUUUGCUUACAGAUGGCACUGUAAGAAUAGUUGUAUGAGAGUUUUAGGGUGAAAUGAUGUAUGAAGAAAUACUAUUUAGAUGGUAAGCCAUGAGUGGCCCCAGUCUUUAACCUUCUUCCCCUGGGUUUUUUAAUGUACUUUAGCCCUGUGUGGUCCUCAAUAUGCAGUUGGUAUGGAGGUAAAAAAAAAUAACAUGGAACAUCAGAUUCUUAAUUUGUAGGUAAUGUCAACAUGUAUUUUUGUUACAUAUGUGCCUUAUCCAUGUAAGAGACUUAAUGCACGUUCUCAGAAAUCAACAUAAAACCAGUUUCAUUGUGACUUUAAUGUAUUUGUGAACACUAGUUUUCAAGGGUGCAUAUUGCAAUUUGGUUCAACCAAAUAAAAUAUGCAAAAACUGAAUAACUUCAGAAAAUAAAAUGAGUAGUUGAAAUAAAGUGCAGUAUCGGUGGUA